UAUAUUUUAUCUAUUUUGUGCAGAUUUUGUAUUUAUUCAUGUACAUACAGUAGAAUGCAAGAAUGAAGUCAGGGACUGCUUAGUUUUUGUUCUGUGUCUCCAGCACAAAGCACAGGGCGUGACACAUAGUAGGUGUGUGAUAAUUGCUGUUUGAAUGACUACAUCCCUAUUUCAUUAGUCCCUUUUUUCCUCCCACAGGUAGAAAUAAGAAGCAUCAGGCUUUCAUGGGAAACAGCACCGAAGUGACAGAGUUCAUUCUCUUGGGUCUGACAGAUGACCCCAACCUUCACCUCCCACUUUUCCUGGUAUUUUUGUUCAUCUAUCUUUUUACUCUUGUAGGAAACUUGGGGAUGAUAGUGCUGAUCCACUGGGACUCGCGCCUCCACACGCCCAUGUACUUUUUCCUCAGUAACCUUUCUCUGGUGGAUCUGGGUUACUCUUCGGCUGUAGCCCCCAAAGUGGCGGCCACUCUCUCCUCAGGGAACCAGGCCAUCUCCUACUCGGAAUGCGCCGCUCAGUUCUUUUUCUUUGCUGGUUUUGCCACCGUGGAAUGCUACCUCCUGGCCUCCAUGGCCUAUGACCGCCACGCAGCCGUGUGCAAGCCCCUGCAUUACACCAGCACCAUGACAGCCCCCGUGUGCAUUUGCCUGGUGACGGGCUCCUACAUCUGCGGUUUUGUGAAUGCCUCCAUCCACGCAGGAGACACCUUCAGCCUCUCCUUCUGCGGCUCCAAUGUGGUCCAUCACUUUUUCUGUGACAUCCCCCCACUCCUGGCUCUCUCCUGCUCCGACACUCACACCAGCGAGCUGGUUGUCUUCUUCGUGGUCGGCUUUAAUGUUUUCUUUACCCUCCUGGUCAUUCUGAUCUCCUACCUGUUCAUUUUCAUGGCCAUCCUAAGGAUGAAGUCAGCUGAGGGCCGCCAGAAAGCCUUCUCCACCUGCACCUCCCAUCUGACCGCUGUCUCCAUCUUCUACGGGACAAUCAUCUUCAUGUAUUUACAGCCUGGCUCCAGCCACUCCAUGGACACUGACAAAAUAGCCUCGGUCUUUUACACAGUGGUGAUUCCCAUGCUGAACCCCCUCAUCUACAGCCUGAGGAACAAGGAAGUCAAAAAUGCCCUCGGUAAAAUGGUCAAACAGAUGAGGUUUUAGGAACGUCUGAGCUUUCCAGAAAGCACUACCAGGUGGCUUUGACUGAAUGAGCCCCACUUUGUUCCUCUAUAAUUGGUCUUUGAGUUCCCUGAUAGCUCUAGAUCAGAUGGUUCUAUGACACUUGGGGUCUGAAUUCAGUGAAAGAAGAAGGGGAAUUUCCUCCACUAUCAUAGAUUUGUAAAUCAUAACCAGUCUGAGACUCAGGAGUUAAAUCCCAGUGUUUUUCCUGAGGCCAGAUGGAGAUCCCAUAGCAGAAACCCUACCCAGAGUCUCUGAACUCCAACUCCUGCUCUCUAUCUUCUACAUUAAAAAAUCCUUAUAUAUUAGAUUAGCUAGGAACAAGAGCCAUAACCCAACUCAACAGACCUUCCCAACCAUCUAUAGAAUCGGGGCCUGAAAUUUUUGUAUUUUGUAUUUCAAUAAAACAUAGAAUAAAAGCACUAAUAAGCCACGGAGUAUAAUAGGCUUAUAUAAAGCAAGAAGAAUAAUAGUUUACAAAAGCUCAAGAGUAGUAUUUAGCUGUAUCUAAGUUACAGUGCAAGCUAGCAAUGUGGUUAUAUGUUUAAAGUAGAAAAUAAACUGAGGCAAAUACACUGGUAGAAUCCAUGAUUUGCUAUUGCCAUUUAUAUUCUCCAUUAAGUGGGCAUGUUAAAAUCCCACUCUACCAGGAUCCAUGCAUCUAAUAUUAGGAUUAAAUAUCUUUGCUACAUGCUACACAGGAACAGGAAGACAUGUAUAUUAUUCCCUUCAUCCUGGCUGCUCCUGGAGGCCAUCCAGAAAUACUUUCCAUUUCCAAAUAGUUUCCAUCUGAUCUUCUAAGGAAGAUGAGCUCACAUCCUAACAUUUAUAUUCAAUUACAAAAAAAAAUACAGUUAUACAAUCUACUAGCACAGUGGUUCACCAAAUAUUAAAAGCAGAAGCAUAAUAAUAGGGUAACAAUUUGGGCCAGGGCCUUUUCUAUUUGAGUUCCACAGAAUGUAAAGAUAAAAAAGAGAUAAUAAUAUCGUACAUGACUACUCAGUUCUCAGCUCAUGGAGCUUGGCCAUUGGAUAGAGCAUCAAUUCUGGAAUCAGGAAGACCUGAGUUCAAAUCCUCC